AAGCUCUAGUUCCGUUAGACAACGUGAUCCAACGCCUCAAACUCCUUGUUCUUGGAGAAGCGAGGCCGCCGAGAUAACAGAGCGACCUGCCUUUUCCCUCCGUAGAGCAGGUCGGCAACCGUUUAAAAGGCGCAGCCUUUGUUUAAGUCCUAGGUGACCCCUUUCUAUCCCGUUUUCUUUCCCCGCUGUAUUUUGAUCACCAUGGCGGCGAGUGCAAAACGAAAACAAGAUGAGAAACACCUGAAGAUGCUGAGAGAAAUGACGAGUUUGGCUCCCAACAGAAGGUGCUUUGACUGCGACCAGCGCGGCCCGACCUAUGCCAACAUGACUGUGGGCUCCUUCGUGUGCACCUCCUGUUCUGGCAUCCUGCGAGGACUGAAUCCACCCCACAGAGUCAAAUCCAUCUCCAUGACAACCUUUACGCAACAAGAAAUCGAGUUCCUACAGAAACAUGGAAAUGAGGCAUGUAAACCGACGUGGCUUGGCCUUUAUGAUGACAGAACCACCUCAAUACCAGACUUCAGAGAACCACAAAAAGUCAAGGAGUUCCUUCAAGACAAAUACGAGAAGAAGCGAUGGUUUGUCCCCCUUGAGCAAGCCAAGGCAGUGGCAUCAGUCCAUGCUUCCAUCUCUGGCUCCUCAAACAGCAGCACCAGUAGCACCCCAGAGGUUAGACCACUUAAAUCCCUGCUGGGGGAGUCAGCCCCCUCCAUUCACCUCAACAAGAACACCCCGCCGAAUCAGUCUCCAGUGGUGAGCCGUGGACAAACCCAUCAGCAACACCUCCAUGAAAAGAAGUUUGACCUCCUCAGUGACUUGGGUGGAGACAUCUUUGCUGCCCCGCACACUGUCAAUGCAGGCACCACCUCCAGUUUUGCUAACUUUGCACAUUUCAACAGCCACACAACAGCACAGAAUGCCAACGCAAAUGCAGAUUUUGCAAAUUUUGAUGCAUUUGGGAGCACUUCUGGGUCAUCAGGUGGUUUCUCCUCCGCACCCCAAGCCCCAUUCCAACUCUCAAAUACAGCGUUCACUGUACUUUCAUCCAGCCGCAGUGUGGGUGAGUUUGCUGCUGCUCUGCCUCUCCAGGGUGCUCACAGUAGCGCCUCAGGGGGACUAGCAAAUACCAGUUUUGCAAAUUUUGACACCUUCCCCAAAUCGUGUAGUGCUGACUUUGGAGCCUUCAGUUCCUCCUCCCAGAGUAACUCCACAGGAGCUGGUAGAGAUGCUGUACAGAGUACUAGCAUCCCUCCUGAUAGAUACGCCUCCCUGGCUGACCUGGAUAACAUGUUUAGCUCUGCCAAAACAGAGCAAGGAGGUAUCCCAGGGGUGACAAGCUCAGCCACUGCAACUGGAGUGGGUGGUUUGCCUCAGAAACCCCCAGCAAUGUCUGCUGGGGGGGAUCGCUAUGCUGCUUUAGCUGAGCUUGAUACUGUGUUUAGUUCCUCAGCCCCUGCCACCAGUGUGUAUAAUACUGCCAGCACGUCACAAGGGAGUGUGUUUGGCUCAGAGACUGGGGUGUCAAAAGCACAGACUCAGCAGGUUCUGCCUGGCAUGGUUCAGGGUUUUGGAGCUCAGUCAACCAAUCCAUUUGUGGCUCCUGGCAUGGCCCCUACACCGCCCCCCACCAACCCAUUCCAGAGUAAUGGUAGAGCAGCAUCUGUGGCAGCAGCAGCAGCAGCAGCAGCAGGCGUGAGGGUUCUUCAUGGGCAGGUUUACCCUCCUACCUAUGCAUCAUUUGGCACAGGUUCCAUGAGUAUGCCUGCUGGAUUUGGGAAUACUGCAGGCUUCAACCUUCCCACCAGCUUUAGUGGAACCUUCCAGCAACCCUUUCCAGGCCAGGCUCCUUAUCCUCAGCCUCCUGCCUAUCCCCAGCAACCUAAUGGUGGAGGAUUUCCAGCCUUUGGCCAGACCAAGCCUGCUGUGACUCCUUUUGGUCAGGCAGUGGGUGGACCUAUGGUUUCCAGUAACCCAUUCCUGGGUUCGGGUCCAUCUGCACAGUAUCCCGCAGGAGGCUCUUCAACAAAUCCCUUCUUAUAGCAUUCCGUUCAAUCAGCUGCACUACAGGGUCAACAACUGGCACGCUCGCACUGUUUUGUUUCAAAAAGUAGCUUUAAAAUCACAAUGUUUGUAAGACUUUGUUUUCUUUUUUUUUUUUAUAUUGAGUUUCGUCAACAGUGGAAUAAGGUGAAUAAGUCCUGCUGACACUACCUAAGGCUACAAAACAAAGUGAUGGUGUGUGCAGAGGUUGAUCCCUCCUCUCUAUUUCACCUGUGAACUGGCCUGGCCUUUACUGAGCCACAAUGUAUAAUCAAACUGGCUGAAAACUUAAGUUAUUGCAAAUAGUAUAUUCCAUUCAUUAUACUGCAAUUCUGUACAUUUUUCAUUUAGGAAAUUAGCUCUUUGUGCAUAUCAGUAUUUGUAUCUAAUGCAAGAUUAAGACAGAGACAUUGCUUGGAAAAUCCAAUGGGUACUGCCAGUAACCAUACUUGUAAAGAAUCCGUUAAUUUCUCACAAAACAAUGCAUAUUCUAUUGUUGAGACAUAGAAGAGGAGGAAUGAUGCAUCAUGGAAAAUUGACUUGUUUCUCUGCCAUCCCCUACCUGACUGAUGGAGGGCCCUCGUCACAGUGCUUCUCAAUUGUAGUUAACCAUGUCCAUAUGUUGGUAACAAGAAUGGAAGAUGAACUGAAAACCACUUGCUUUGGGUAUAAAAAAUUUAAGUUAAUGUGUAAAUAUAUAUAUUAUAUAUAUACAGUAUAUAUAUUAAAAUGAAUUUUAAGUAAGAA